AUGGGGUCCCACCUGGAGGUCGCACGUUGGUUUUUGGUUUCCUUCGCAUCCCAACGCUUCUUCCAGUGGAGCAGGAGGAUCCCAGUGGCCGUGGGGUUGCGUUCCUCAUGUCGUUUGACAACGCAGCUAAAAACCUCCUUUGCUCCAGAUGCUGCCCACCAGCCUCGGCGGCGAAGCGGUAAAUCUGGCCGGCCAUCGCUGGAGAAACCUCUUGGAAUCCCACCCAACUGCCCCAGAGUUGGUGAACUUGGCCUUAGCACCACUGUGGAAGCUCCUCCCCCCCCCCUCCUUUUUCUAACUCCCUCCCCAACCCGCUCUCCGCAGGGCUCGGUGGAUUGUCCCAACCUGGAGUUUGAAUAUGGGGAUGCCGACGGCCACGGAGCGGAGUUAGCAGAGCUGUACAGCUACACCGAGGAACCCGAGCUCAGCACCAACAGGAGAUGCUUCGAGGAGGAUUUUCACGCUCAAGUGCAGGGCAGGAGGUGGCUGGAGCUGGAUGGGGCUCAGCAGAAGGCCUACGUCAUGCGCCUGCUGGAUGGGCUGGAGGUGGUCAACAGGGACAAGCGGCUCAAAGUAGCACGGGCCAUCCUCUACCUGGCACAGGGUGUCUUUGGAGACUGUGAUAAUGAAGGUGACGUCCUGCACUGGUCUCGGCACAACAGCUUCCUCCUGUACCAGCUGGGAACCUUCACCGCCUUCUUGGAGCUUCUCAACAUGGAGAUCGAGUGA